AUGUGCCGUGUGUCGAAUGGUUUGAGUACAGUGUCUCAUGAGUAUCUGAAGGGCAGUUACGCUCUAGAUCUGGAGGCUGUUAAACAGGGAGCCAACAGUCUGCCGCACCUCAACAAAACACUGGUGACAUCCUGCAAACGCCUGCACGGGGAGGUGGAUAAGGUUUUGUGUGGGCUGGAGAUCUUGUCUAAGGUGUUUGAUCAACAGAGCGCCUCCGUGGUGUCCAGAAUGAUCCAGCAGUCGAUGGCUCAGGGUGGAGAUCAAGAGUUGGAACAUCUGGUCGCUAAACUGGCCAUUCUCAAAGAUCUGCUGUCAUCUAUAGAGAAGAAGGCUCUUAAAGCUCUUCAGGACAUGAGCACAUCUGCUCCACCCAUCUCACCACUGCUGUCCAUCAGACACAACAAAACCAUCCCAGUACAAACAUUUGAGGUGAAGCUGGAUGUGUAUCUGGCAGAUCUGACAAAGAUCGGUAAGAGUCAGAAAUAUUCCCUCAGUGUGGACGUGGAGCAGGGAAAACUGGUGGUGAUGAAGAAGAUGAAAGAUGCUCAGGAAGACUGGAACACAUUCACACACGACAAGAUCCCCAUGUGUUGGUGUGUAUUCAGGUUUAGGUCCCCACCGGGAUAUACAAACAUGAACACACACACACACACUCAUCAUGAUGUUCAUGUGUUGUUGUUAUAGAAAAGGGAAGCGUUCUGUCAGUUACUGCAGCUGAUGAAGAACAAACAUUCCAAUCAGGACGAGCCGGACAUGAUUUCCAUUUUCAUCGGCACAUGGAACAUGGGCGGUGUUCCCGCUCCUAAAGCCAUGAGCUCGUGGAUCUUCUCUCGAGGUUUAGGGAAAACUCUGGACGAGAUGACGGUCACCAUCCCUCAUGACAUCUAUGUGUUGGGCUCGCAGGAGAACUCGGUGUGUGACCGAGAGUGGGUGGAGAAUCUCCGCUCGACCCUCAAAGACAUCACAGAGGUCGACUACAAACCCGUGAGACACCGACACCUCACUCACACAGAGAGAUUGUGUUCUGUUGUGUGUUGUUCAGGAGUGUUUGUUAUUGAGCGGUUAAACUCUCCACACACACUCAAAGGGAGAGGGAGCGAGGGUGCAAUAUCGCACCCGUCUCAGAUUACAGGGUUUUAUGGCAUCAGAUAUUCAAGUUUUGCCUCUGGGCAUUCUGAGAAUGAGGGCGUUCAUGAAGUGGGUCUCAUCGCUUCAUCUCAGCCCUUUACGCAAUCUCAGUCGCUCUGUCACAGUGACGCGCUCGCGCACAGCAGCGCUGCGCCACUGGAGGAAUGCAGAGUUUUAAGCUCAUGUACCCCUCUAGGGGCGAUUAUGCGGAAUCAGAACUAUCUGGACAUCCUGCGUCAGCUCUCGCUGGGAGACAAGCAGCUGAACUCUUUUGACAUUUCACUGAGAUUCACACAUCUCUUCUGGUUCGGUGAUCUCAACUACAGACUGGACAUGGACAUACAGGAAAUCCUGAACUACAUCAACAGGAAGGAAUUUGAGCCUCUGCUGAAGGUGGACCAGCUCAAUCUGGAGAGAGAGAAGAACAAAGUCUUCCUUCGAUUCGCGGAGGAGGAGAUCACCUACCCCCCCACAUACCGCUAUGAGCGGGGUUCACGCGACACAUACGUGUGGCAGAAACAGAAAGCUACGGGCAUGCGGACCAACGUUCCGUCGUGGUGUGACAGGAUCCUCUGGAAAUCUUAUCCUGAGACGCAUAUAGUGUGUAACUCUUAUGGCUGUACAGAUGACAUCGUCAGCAGUGAUCACUCGCCUGUCUUCGGAACGUUCGAAGUGGGCGUGACCUCACAGUUUGUGUCUAAGAAGGGGCUGCCGAAGUCUUCAGAACAGGCUUAUAUUGAGUUUGAAAACAUCGAAGCCAUUGUGAAGACGGCCAGCAGAACCAAAUUCUUCAUCGAGUUUUAUUCUACAUGUCUGGAGGAGUUUAAGAAGAGUUAUGAGAAUGACACUCAGAGCAGUGACAACAUCAAUUUUCUGCGUGUUGGUUGGUCGUCUAAGCAGCUGACGACACUGAAGCCGAUUCUGUCAGACAUCGAGUAUCUUCAGGAUCAACAUCUGCUGCUCACGGUCAAAUCUCUGGAUGGAUAUGAAUCAUACGGAGAGUGUGUGUUGGCUCUGAAGUCGAUGAUCGGCAGCACAGCUCAACAGUUUCACACGUAUCUGUCUCACCGCGGUGAAGAGACGGGGAACAUCCGCGGCUCCAUGAGGGUCAGAGUCCCAUCAGAGCGCAUGGGCACCAGAGAACGACUCUACGAGUGGAUCAGUGUUGAUAAAGACGAGGCGGCGGUGUCAAAGAGCAGAACUCUUCACCCCAGAUCAGGACACGAAUACGUCCAGGUGUGUAGCAGGAAGUUGGGUUCAGCUGAUCUCAGUAAAGUGCCUGAAGAAGGAGAUAAAAACAUCACAGCUCGACAUCCAAACUGUGACACGCAGAGCAGAGGCAAGCAGGACACGUUUGAGGGAGGAGCUGCUAAAAACAGCUUCAACAACCCCGCCUACUACAUUUUAGAAGGAGUUCCCAACCAAUCAGCAGCUCUGGCCUGUGACAUGCUCCCUAGCUCCGCCCUUCCUCCAGCAUCCAAUAAAACAUCUUCCCCUGCAGGUGGAGUGGGCAAGAGCAAGCCGCCCAGUGGCAGCUCGGUGCAGGGCCGCAGGCAGACGUGCGGACGCCCGGUCCGGCCCAUCAGUGAGGAGGGGUCCUCAGAGGACGACGGGACGCACGUGGGCUCGCUGAAUCGCCCCCCGCCCGAUUUCCCCCCUCCUCCUCUGCCCAAAGGAGCUCUGGAGAUGGCGGAAAACCCCUUCAGCAAACCGCGCAUGUUUCCAGACCCGGCAGACAGCAAAAUCCCUCCCGCGUCUGCCGUCACGUCAAAGCUGCCGUCGUCGUCGCCGAGCUUCGUACCUCCUCCUGGAGGAGGCGUGGCCUUCUGCAUGGAAACUCCGUCCAUGCUAAACGCAGGCCCUGCCCCGUUCCGUCGAGGGGGUGGAGCCUCGGGAAUGGACGACCAGUCGUGUUCGGUGCUGCAGAUGGCCAAAACUCUGAGCGAGGUGGAGUAUCCGUCGAGUCGAGGGGCUCUGAAGGGGGCGGCCGCUCCUCAUCUGCGAGGUCUCACCUUCCCUCCCCGCUCCAUACAGGAGGAGAGCAUCGCUGAAGAUCUGCCUGAGGAGGGUUUGUGGCAUGCCGAGAGCAGUAGCAGCAGUCUGUCGGCGGACUGCAGUGUCGGCGAGUGGCUGCAGAAAUUAGGACUGCAGGAUUAUGAAGAGGGCCUCCUGCAUAACGGCUGGGACGACCUCGAGUUCCUCAGUGACAUCACAGAGGAGGAUCUGGAGGAGGCGGGCGUUCAUGACCCCACCCACAAAAAGAUCCUGCUGACCAGUCUGAAGCAGCAGAAGUGAGCCUCGUCCCAACGCCAGUCCGGUCUGAGGAGAAUGGUUGCACUGGUGUCAUGCAGAGAGUUUGUCUAAUUGAAUCGGAUCGUUCACUACAAAGCCCCGCCCACAUCUUGAGAACGCUUCCUGGUUUGUGAUGUCAUCAGAACAUUCCUCAGCUUUGCUGUGAUGGCUGAUGUGUUAGUGUUUUCUUGCACGUUCAAUGACUCUAAAGGGAAAAAGCCAAAAUCAGUGAUGACUGAUGCAUGCUGAUAACUUGAAAGAGUUUUGCGAUCGCUGUGUGUGUGUGUGUGUGUGUGCGUGCGUGCGUGCGUGCGUGCGUGCGUGCGUGCGUGCGUGUGUGUACGUGCGUGCGUGUACGUGUACGUGUGUGUGUGUACGUGGACAUUGAUAUAUCUUCUUUCAUUGUACAAUUAUUUUUCAUUUGUACGAUGCUGUUAAACAUUUUCAUAAAUUGAUUUUCGUGAGGUGUUUUUGCUGUUAUAAAUCACUCAACAAUCUUUUAGCUGCAUGCUUUUAAAGGAGCAGUUUACUCAUUUCCUCAUCCUUAAUCUCUCCAAACCCGUAAACCCGGCUCUAUGACGACAGAAUUUGGUUUAAGAUGAGCCUGCCGUUCCUCUAAGACCAUCAUUUCAACAUCUGUCUGAUCGGAGAUGAAUAAUAAACCUCUGAGCGAAUCUUCAUGUCCUGUGAAAUUUCUAGGACGUGUCAUUUUCAGUGACCAGCAGAGGUCGCUGUGUGAUCGAUGAAGAGAAUCUUUACAAUCAUCAUCAUGAUCUCUCACGUGCUUACACAUUUCACCUUCUUUCAUUUCUUACUGAAAUAUCAACAGUGAGCUCUCUUGAAUAGCACAAGUGUUUGAGAUGCAGUUUAUACCUCGUCCAUGAAGCUCCUUCAUUUUUUUCUUGUUUUUUUUUUCAUCGUUGAUACCAGAGUAAAACCCCUGACUCAUUUAUUUAACACAAUGUCUUUAAUAUUAUUAUUAUUAUUAUGGGAUGUUUCUUCUAAAAUGCAUGUGAUAAAUAAUCCGGUUUGUGUACAAAGUUUUAGCUUGUUUUGGUUCUCGUUUAUGUGUUUCUCGCUCCUCUGAAUAUUUCGUUAACUCGUAACCUGUUUGUGUUAAUAUUUAACUGCUAAAUGACUUUGUCAUCUUUUACAUUGAUGUUGUUGUUUAUAAAGUUAAUAAAAACUAAAAUCUAACAUCUCACUGUGAUGUCACAACGUUUACAGAUCCCGCAGGAUAUUUACCUUCAGAAUGAGUUACGUUCAUUUAUAAGAUUUGCCAGUGAAAUAGAAAAGUAUCCUGAAGAUAUUGUUGUCGAUGUCAAGAUCAGAACUGAUUUCAGGUCAGUAAAUAUUGAGCGGGUCACAGAUGAGCUCUCCAGUCUCACCCGCUUUUUACAUUUUCUUUUUAACGUUAAAGAAUUGUGUUUUUGGACCCAUGAACUUUUUCGGCUACAGGUGUCACUACAUUAAAGAAUAAUAAUAUAUCAAAUAAGUGACAUUUAUGAAUUUGUCUGAAACG